GAUUACUGACCUGACGCAUUUGCCUGUGAUGUUUGGAUACUUUUAUUUCAAAAAGUUGUGCUUUUGUUUCUUAAUGCAUGUUUUGUUACAUUAUGCCCACUGUGAUAUUUUGAUAUGUUCUGUGGUAAGAAUAGCUCUUUAGAGCUAAUAAGAGAAGUUGUGCAGAAGUGUAGUGGCACGUUGAUUUCAAGCGCUUACAAAACCAUGACAGAGCUAGUGUCAUUACGGUCAUCACUCUCACUCGAAUGCAUCACUUUGUGAUGAAAACAAACAGUCAUCAUCAGCUGAUAUAAACUCACGGACAUUGGAAACAAAAGAGAAGAAGAGUGUGUGAGUAAGGUCUGUUAUUUCAUGAAACCAGAUUUUCACAACAAAGUUGGCAGUACAGACAUGGUGUCACAUUGCGUUAUUUUGGUAUUAGUGGUAACUUUGAUUGAUUGUAUUAGUCUGAUUACCUGUAAAAGUGACACCUGGGACCGGUUCAUCUUCGCCCAAGAAUGGCCGAUAGCAGUGUGUGAGAAAGCCAAUGAAACAGGACACAAGUGCCUUAUUCCCGCUCAGGUUAAUAGCUGGGGUAUACAUGGACUAUGGCCAACAAAUGGACAUACAAAGGGACCAAUAGGAUGUAACAUAUCCAAGGAGUUCAACUUUGCCAUGAUAAAGCCAUUGGUGGAAGAACUACAACUUUUGUGGCCCAACAUUUAUGCUGAUACCAGUAUGACCAAUUUCUGGAAACAUGAGUGGGAUAAACAUGGCCGUUGUGCUACCACCCUCCCUGCCACUGCCAACGAGUACCUGUAUUUCAAACAAAGCCUGCAACUCAUGAAAAAGUUUAGCGCAACCACGUUAUUAGGGAAUAUGGGCAUCAUACCAAGUAAGACAGCACACUACAGACUGGACCAGAUACAGUUAGUCCUGAUGCAACAACUAGGUAACAAGACUGUCAUCGUUGAGUGCACCAAGGAUUCCGGGACUGGUCUUCAGAUGAUAUUUGAGGUGGAGAUCUGUCUGGAUAAGGAGUUUAAUCCAAUAGACUGUUACACAAGGCUGGAUCGCCAGGACAACUUGGCCAGUGGUCACUUUCUCAGGAAACACAAGGACAAUAAUGAAGGAAACUGCCCCCGUGGCCAGAAAGCCUUUGAGUACCCACCAAUACCCCAACAUUGAGUAGUCAAACAUCAAGGUCAGGGCUGAAAUAUCAAGACAGGUGCUGAAAUAUAAACUUCAAAACAGACAGUUACGCUACAACACUGCCUUGUUAGAUUACAUGGCAAACUUUUUCAAGGAAUAUUAUUUAUUUUAUAUCAUUACCUCAACUUAUUUACCAAUGGCAUUCAAAAGUUCAAUUCUUUGUAUGUUGCCUGACAUUUCACGUAAAAUGAGUGCACUUCCUUAAAAUAUUUCUCAAGAAACAAUCUUUUUGCGAUAGCCUGUUAGUAUUAAAUAUUAAUGUUGUGUAUGGAUUCAAUAUUGCAGUCUUUCCUAAGAACAUGUAAGGACUUGAUCAAUAAAACUUUAAAAAAACAUUUUUUUAUUUAUUUUUGGUAUAUUUAUACAUGUAAAAAUUUUGAAGUUUGAAAACAAUUAUUAGCAAAACAGUUGAAAAACAUGUUCAUGUAUUGUAACAAAACUUGCCAUCAUUGUGAUCCACGGAUAAUAAUUUGUGAACCGCUUUGAGACGUCCUAAGAACUAGGAUGUGAUAAAGCGGUAUAUAAGAACCUCCAAUUAUCAUUAUUGUUAUUAUUAUGUAUUUUAUUUGCUCAAUAAAACAGAUUUAUUCGUAAAACAUAUGUGAAGGAACCAUAUUUAUAUUUGUAAAUUCAUCCUGUAAUAAAAACCUAUAAAAAUCUAUGCAAUACGAAUUGUUAAGCAGGUAGUAGGUAAUUUGUAUAUUUUUAUUUAGAUUUUUUUUUCAAUUUAAACCUGCUUUGUGUAUUUUUCAGUUAAAGAUUUGAUAUAUUUUCCCAUUUAGGGAAAAUUCUUCAGGUUUGUUAAAUAAAUAUUUUUCGGUUCAUUUUUUUUCAACAUUUAUCAAUGUUUAUUUUGAAAUCUAGUUUAGAUAUAGGAUCUGAGAUUUUCAUGACUGGUAUAUUUGAUGCUCGAGUGUGAGUUUACUGUAAAUGAUCAAUGCAUCAUUCAAUUCUACUCUCAUAUGCUAUGCUGUGAUAUACUGUCAAACACACUGUUUUUAUUUCACCUGCAUUGAACAAUGAAUUAGUGCUACCUACAUCUCCUCUAGUAGUACAGAUAAAAACUAUUGUUGGCCACGUUCUUUAUACACUUAGUAAUCUCUAAUGUCUACUGUCUUCUGAAUAUACAUGUAUUUAUUUCUAAUGUACCUUAGGAAUGUGAUAAUUAAGUUAUCAUCUGUAUGUUGGUUAUAUUUUUUGAUUUUGUAUUGUUGCUUUUUAUUUUGGAUCGGACACAUGCACUUUGUAAUUUGAUAUCAACGGUUAACUCCAUUUAAAACUGUGAAACUGGAAAUGUAAGAUAGAUGGAAGUCAACUAUAAAAUGAAUCCGGUGACAACUGCUUCAUAUAUAAACCGUUUUACUUAUUAUAUGAUUUAAUGUUUCAUUUGUAUUUUCCAUGUUUCAGUUGACCCAAUUUACCUUUGAUUUGUUUCUCUGCGUUGUAGCACACCUGGCACAAAAAGCCUGAGCUUCUGCGAUUGUGUAAUUGCCAUUGUACGUCCAUGUGGUGUCAGUUUUCUUUUUACAAAUUCUUUUUAAUUUUUAAUUAAGAUUAAUAAAGUACAGGGUAUUGAUAAUUGCCAAGUACAGAGUAUUGAUAAUUGCCAUGUGGCUUGCUUUGGCAAGAGCUACCUACUUUGUUCAAAUAAAGACCAUAAACCACUUUCAAGGUCACAUGUUGAGUAAAAUGUGUAAAUUACUUCAGAUAAUGUCAUUCAAGUCCAUUAAAUCUACAGCAAUAAUAUUUCACUUGUAGCUUGCUAGAAUAACAGACGAUCCAAUUUGUUCAAAGAAAUAAAUGACAAUAGCGAACUGUGAAUGUCACAUGAUUUGAUAAAUUUCAAUUCUUCCAAAAGAAGAGAUAAAAGAAUCUAGAGUAAUGACAUUUUAUCUGUAGUGCAAGCUUUCUUUCUAUCAAAUUUCCAUAAAAAGAUUGGCCUUGACCCACUUUAAGGUCACUAAUGCAAGUGAGAUAAGUUUAAUGACGUCAUUCUGCAACAGGUGAGCAAUGCAAGCUUGUAUGUCUUCUUGUUUAUAAAGAUAGGUUCUAGAAAAUUCAAAAUGGAGGAACAUACUAAAAAGUGCGAUAUGUAUAUGGUCUUAAAAGUGAAAAUAUUUUUGUUUGAUAUAUCUCGGAUGUGUGUUACUGGUAAUGUCGCUUGUGUUCAGUAGUGGUCAGAAUAUUACUAUUGAGUGCAUACCAUAACUGGUUAAGCAAGUUAUUAUUUGUUACUGUUGUCACAUGUCAACAUCAAUGCUGACACAAUACAUACAGUGCCACAUCAUAUGGUGACUUCAGUUACAUUGCCAUGACGUGCAUUUCAGGGUAUGCCAACCCAACAUCUAUAGCUGUAAUUAUGUUAGUUAUCAGUUCAUUAUAUAUUUGAGUUGUUUCAAAUUGUAUUUAUAUGAUUAUGUGUUGAAAAGAAAUCUUUACACUUGUGUGUGUUAUGUAAGUACAUUGUAUUUAAGAUGUAUACUAUAUUUGAAUAUGGGAAACAUUCCAUAUGUCUUCAGUGUGUAUAUGUAUCAGGGAUGACAACACUGGCCACAUUUCAGAACAGAUUUUGUAUAAUUCCAUAUUAAGGUCUAUAAUAAUGAUACUGGCAUACAACGAAUAUUUCACAUUUUUGGCAUACAACGAAUAUUUCACAUUUUUCCAUACCUUUGAAUGAUUAAAAGAAUUGAAUUAAAA